CUUCAUCAAUGCGCGCACCUUUCUGAAGAGGACGUUUGUAAAAUAUUGUCUAUUUAAAGGAAACCACGAAUGUGUAUUGAAUACCUAUUAAUACACUAUAAACUUGUCAACUGUGUUCUGGGAAAUCAGAUUACCUAUAUCUUCCUCAUGCCAUUGCGAUUUAAAUGCAAAUGCCAAUCGCUUCAACUGGGUAGUCCGUAAUUGUAGUUAAAGUAACUAACGUUUCUGAUUACAGAUUUGGGAUUUCUGUCUCUAACGAGAAAAUAAAAUACUGUAGAACAAUUACCAUAUAACUUAUUCUAAUUUAUUCAAGUACUCGAUAAUCGGAUAUUCCAGAAAUUACUCGGGAUGACGGACUUGCUGUUUCAUGAAUUCUCGUAUACCAAGCAUAGAACAUGAAUAUCGACGAGAGGGAGGAAGAAGAGGAUUCAGUAACCUCCAGUGAAAGUAUCAGUUCGACAUAUAAUACCAGUGAUCCUAUUGACAAUUUGCCAUCCGUGUCGAACUCGGAGGACAGCUCUCAAAAUGGGGAUGCAGAAAGAUGUUGCAUCUGUUUGUUAUACUACACAGAAGAUGACAACGACAGAAAACUUCCCCUGAAAUGUGGUCAUGUAUUUCAUUCAGACUGUAUUGAGCCGUGGCUACGACAGAAUGGGACAUGUCCAUUGUGUAGAACCAAAAUUCGAGACGUCACACCCGCUGAGCCCAGAACCAUGUUUAUUCCAAUCGCACAACUUAUCAGCCUAGCUCAAGCCCGUUUCCGAGAACAAGAAAUAUCCAUACGUACCCUGACAAGCACAGAACACAUGACGAUUGGCCAGUUGAUAGAACGACAAAGAAUCGUACCUACCCGGACAGCCCCGGUAAACACGAUGAAUGAUAAUACAAGUUCAAGAUCAAUACGAACUCAGACUCCAGUAAACUCAACAAACAAUGACAGGCCUUCUAACGACCAAAGUUCCGAUAGCCGCUGCGGUGCAAUAAUCAUUGUAGGAUUACUUGUGUGUGGAUGGAUUGCGGUUUACCUUUCCUCAUUCUAUUCUGGGGAAUUUGAUUUAAAAACAAUGGAUCCUCAGUCACGAACUACCACUCGUUAUAAAAGUUCUUGCACAAAGUUUCCAGUUCGUGAGGCAGGACAUUUUCGGGAAAUUGAAAUUGAAUUUGAAGUAUUUCCAAAUAUCCCUAAAGCUCAAUACAUUGCAAAUAGCCGAGCGAUAUAUGCGACAGAUAAUUCAAAUAUUCAGUUGGGUUUAGCCACCUAUGAAAAUGCAGUUUUGAAAUACUCAACGAACAGUGUCUUUGUCGAAUUGGAGCUUACUGUAUUAGAUCUAGAGGAAGGUAGAAGAAAAUGGCGUCUCUCCGCAUGGAAAAAAGGCUAUUUAAUGCAGAACGUCACAUUCAUAGAAACUUUUGAACAGCCUCGACCGCUUAAAUUUCUUUUUAGAAUUGAGUCUAAACGCAUUCGGCUAUCAGUUUAUAAUAACCAUGGCAAAAGUUUUCCUUAUCUUAGGGUAUUUAAAGAAGGUUUUUCUGAUCUUAGGGUGUUUGAAAAUUUUCGGAUAAAUAGCGCAAUCUAUUUAUGUGCUGGCAUGGAACCACCUGUACUUCCUACGAAAAUAUUGUACAAAGUAAAGAAUUUAUAAUUAUUUUUUAGGAAAUUUCCGAACAUAAUUAAUGGGGAUUAUUUCCAUCAUACCAAAUAUAGUGUACAUGUAAUUCACUUGCAUAUUUUACACCAGAUAAGUUAAAAUGAUUUAUGCUGCGUCACUUGAAUGUCAUUGUUAUCAUUGCGACUCCGUGUUGAAAUACCUGUGUGAAUUCAGAUAUCUUAUCAUUAAGGUAGCUCCACACUCACAUUUUUAUCUGAUAAAAGUAUAGAGAGUGUAUCUAUUUCCAUUGUUAAAGUUAAAACUAAUAAAUUAUAUUAUCAAAUAAAAUGUAUAGGUCAUCGCACUUUUUAAGAUGCGAGACAUGCAUACACAGAAUCAUAUAUCAACGUAAGAAAAAUGCAAUUUUCCUUAAACAGCAUUAUCAAAAUUUCACAUAAACUGGUUAUGACGAUAUAGUAGUAUUCAUAACAAUUUCAUGAAACUUUCUUCACAAAAAUAUACAAAUGUUUGUGAAAAAUAAAGGAAAGCUAUCGCAUAACGAACUUGAUAGAGAAAUCAAUAGAAACAGAGUUAUUCCUCUUGGGUUCAAUGUUUUGAAACAUAUCAGAUUAUCUUUGUUUAUCCAUUUAUGUUCUUAAUUCGUUUCACUCAAACGAACAUAAAUCACUUACCAUAUAAAACAACGCAUUGUAUAGGAUAGGAGGCAAAGCGCUCAGAUUUAUUAACACGUCACCGUCACAUAACCAAUGUAUCAAACACAUUCUCAAUACCCCAUUGCUACAUGCACUUCAUCAAUAUGCCACCACCCUGUACAGCAUGUCCAAUUCACCGAAAGAACACAAACUAUAAAAAAAAUUCAUAUUAUGAUAUCAUUAACCAAUGUCAUAUUCAUAAUUCCAAUAAAGAAACCUUUAUUUGGGAAGGGUGGGUGGGAAUUUAUAAAACGUGAAAUACCCUGCGAAUCUGAGCCUUUGAAUGGCACAUUCACGCAAAUACUGAUCCUUAAAUAACUAAUUCACUCAUGCGUACUAGCUGCUAUUUAAAUAACCAAUCACUAUGCAAUCAUUCACCCGUUCCAAAACACAACAUUCCACGUGUACAAACAAUGCUAAUGUACCCAUGAUAAAUACAUAUAUAACUUAGACUUUUGAAAUAUAUUGUAAUAGGCAUAAGGGGGGUGAAUAUAUUUUGUGACUGCACAUGCAUUUUAUUGUAUGUUAUAUUUACAUCUUAAAAUUCUGGGAUUAUUAACUGUUUUUAGCACAUGCUACUUGCUGUUUUCAUUUGCUAUCUUUAUAAAUGCUCUAAUUCAUUAUUCGGGAUACAUGCCACAAACAUCUGUAUAUGUUACUGAUUUUAUUCCACUGUACUUCACGUGAAUACACCUUUGCUUUCCUCAUUAUUGAUCAAGAUUUCUGGAGCUUUCGUAGUUGUAUACAUGCUGCCGACAUCAUGUACUGUUUAGCGAUAGUUUCGUAUUUUCAGUUUGAGAUAUAUAAAUGUGUAUUUAU